AUGGCCGCUUUGAAGGUGACGGCUCCCCUCCCAUCGAUUCCAUCUGCUAUCAACCUCGCACGUCACCGGCCGUUCCGGCGAUCCCUUGUCGCCGCUGUUGCCACACUCUCCGGUGGCGGAGCCAUUAGCGACUCACCGUCUUCUCACCAGACGCACCAGCGGCAGCUGGUACUUUACACAAAACCCGGAUGCUGCCUCUGUGAAGGCCUCAAAGAGAAGCUUCAUGCCGCGUUCUCCUUAGGCGGACCGCACUCUCUCCAGUCCGUCCAGCUCCAGGGAAACACUCCCGAGAUUGUCCCCUCGUCUUGGAGUUGAGUUCAUCCAAAAGAAGAUUGCGGCUGCAUUAGAACAAUAGGUUCAUUUUGCAGGCACAACAACAUUAGGUGGGCUUAUUGGCAAUGGUGGAUGGAAUCAGAGGUCUGAUGAUGUGCUGGCAUGGGGUGUCAUCAUGGGGUACAAGAGGUCAAAGGUCUAGCAAGCAACACGAUCGUGAAUGCAGGUUGUCGCUGGUGAUGAAGUGGUGCUGGUAUAGGUGCGGGGUGGUGUCAAUGCAAUGUAGCAUGUUUGGAUGUCUCGUGUGAUAUCUAAAUGGGCAGAAAGCUUGUGAAUUCUAAGUCAUUCCAAAUUGAACUUAUUUGAGCAAAUUCAGAAUAAAUUGAAAAUAA